AAUUUCUGUAUAAAAGGGUGCUGAGAAUUGGUGUUAGAGGCAUCACAGCACUUCCACAAUAGUAAAAUCUUUUAUUAGCCAAUGGCCAAUGCCAUCAUGCAUUCAACUAUGCUUCUUCUGCUUUCGGGGUUGCUAUUGGCUAUCUUCAAAACCACAGGUGCUGAAGUUGGUGUUUGUUAUGGAAUGAGGGCAAAUAACUUGCCACCAGCAGCAGAAGUUAUCGACCUUUUCAAACAAAAGGGCAUCAAACGAAUGCGGCUCUAUGAUCCGAACCCAGAUGCUCUGCAAGCCCUCGGCGGUACCAACAUUGAGCUGCUGUUAGAUCUUCCGAGUGCAAACCUUGAAUCCGUUGCUGCGAGUCAAGCCAAUGCUGAUCAAUGGGUUGAAGACAACAUCAAGAAAUACAACACUGUUAAUUUCCGAUACAUCGCUGUCGGGAAUGAAGUAAAGCCUACAGAUUCAUUUGCUCAAUCCCUUUUUCCGGCAAUGCAGAACAUUCGUACCGCAAUAGUUAAUGCAGGCCUAGGGGAUCAGAUCAAAGUUUCCACCGCUACGUUUUUCGAUGCUAUUGAUAAAUCAUCUUUCUUCCCUCCAUCGAAGGGCAGUUUAGAUCCUGAAUAUCAGAAACUUCUUGGCCAAGUCAUAACUUUCUUGAGGGACAAUCAAGCUCCAUUGCUUGUUAACACGUAUCCCUACUUUAGCCACAUCGGAGACCCCGAACAUGUUCCUCUUGACUAUGCUCUCUUUACGGCACCGUCUGCUGUUGUGCAGGAUGGUUCGUUGCAGUACCAGUACCUUUUCGACGCGAUGCUGGACACCUUUUACUCUGCCCUGGAGAAAGCCGGUGGGGGAUCACUGGACAUUGUUGUUUCGGAAACUGGUUGGCCAUCAGACGGUGGACAGGCCACGAGUGUCGAUAACGCAAUGACUUACAACACGAAAUUGGUUCAACAUGUGAACCAGGGUAAGGGGACUCCGAAGAAACCCGAAAAAGCUAUAGUAGCUUACCUGUUUGCGAUGUUUGAUGAGAAUGAAAAAGAACCGGCAUUUGAGAAACAUUGGGGGUUGUUUUUCCCAAAUAAACAGGAGAAAUACUCCAUUAGUUUCAAUUAAAACCGGUAAAGCCAUUUCUCUCAGUCUCGGGUAUACUAAAGUUUACCAUUGUCAUCGCCUCUAAAGAAGGCAGCAUAGGCCAUAUAUAGAGGCAAAUAAACGUGGAUGUCUACUGUAAUUUUAUAUAAUUGGAUGCGUUCUGCUCACUUCUAAGUUAAAUAAAAUGGUUUCGGCUAUUAUAUA